GUCAGAGCUGUAUAAAAGAAGCUCACGCUCAGUACUCUGGUAUCUUCUACAUCAACCCGUUCGCAAACCGAGUGAAGCCAGACUUCUAAGGAACUUUCGGACUCUUUAGGGUACUCUUGAAGAAAAAUGGAUCCUUGCGAUUGCGCCAAGACUGGAGCUUGCAACUGUGGUGCCACCUGCAAGUGCACUAAUUGCCAGUGUAAAACAUGCAAGAAGAGCUGCUGUCCCUGCUGCCCGUCUGGAUGCAGCAAGUGCGCCUCUGGAUGCGUGUGUAAGGGCAAUUCCUGCGGCUCCAGCUGCUGUCAGUGACGAGGUCAACGUGAUGCUUUGUUACAGUGUGAACUUGUUCGUCUGGGCUGAGCGUCUUCGUUUUUGCAUCGCAUGAAUGUUGUCUUUUUACAAGAUGAUGAUGAUGAUAAAUGGCCUCCUGUUCUCAAGUCUUAACUGUUUCAUGUUGCGAAAUCUAUUAACAAAGGCUAAAGAGAAACCAUGUACUGCUACGAAUAAGACUUUCACACGAUAUCUGUUCUUCAUUUACACCACUGUAAGUUUCUGCAAUGUAUUUGUCUAUAAAAUAUAACUGUCAGCA